CAUUUCCAUUCACAUUUCACAAUAAAAACAGAUCUUCAUUAUUUUAUAUGGUUUCCUUCUUCAUCUCCUUCAUAAUUCUAUUUUCUUCCCCUCUCAAAAAAUUGGAAGCUUUUUCACAGGUUAUUAAUGGAGAAAACGUUGAGCGUAGUCCAACCGAAGAAGAAGGGGUCGAAUAAUAAGAUGAACCCAAAAAACAAGCAGCAGCAGCUCAAAGUGGUGUACAUAUCCAACCCCAUGAGGGUGGAGACCAGCCCGUCGGAGUUCAAAGGCGUUGUCCAAGAGCUCACCGGCCGGGACGCCGCCGACGUUCCCUCCGCGCCGGGGACCAGCAGGGGUACUGCCCGGAAACAAGAUACUGCUGAUGUGGUCGCUCCGGAGGGCAGCCGGAGCGCGGUUGUGGAAGAUUACUCCGCCCGUGGAGGGCAGCAGCGGCCGCCGGAGAGUUCAGGUCUCUCGCCGGAGGCUGCCCAGGAUUACGUGCCGGAGUUGAUAGAGGCUUUUCCGGCAGGGGUAAUGCCGUCCAACAUGUGGUAUGAUUGAUCGUACGUACGUACGUUGGUAGGUGGUAUUGAAUGUGAUUAAAUUAAAUUAAAUUAUUAUCAUGAUAUAUAUUGGACAUAUAUUUGGAUGAUGAUGAUAAUUAUUUAUAAAUUACUCGAUUAUAAACACUCCGUGCUAAUUGCUUCACUCGUUGUUUGGUUUUGGAGAAUAAAAUCUUUUCUUUUCAAAAUUAAUCUUUAUUAUCGUC